AAGAAAAAGCAAGAUGGCGUUUGUUAUGUCGGUCAUUAUUGUUCUGUGUUUUUAAUCCGUACACGUACGGCGUGAAGCAGUUUAGCUUGCUAGCUGCUAACAAAGACCCGGAAGUGAUUAGCGCGCCGCUGGACGAAGACCGGGUGUGAGCGAACAAAAGUGUUGGGAUUGUGUGAAAAUGUGCGAAAGAAGGAUAGCAGACUUCGAGGAGAAACUUGCAGCAAGAAAAGAAGAGAAGGAGCGACAACGUCAACCUUUGGAAGCACUUUUCCAGAAGAAGCGUCGAGUUGUGUCACACACAAGAGACGUCAGCGAACAACAUCCUUCUUCCCCUGAGAGGCAGGAGCGGAGCUCCAGGAUGGAGGAGGAGGAGCCCCGGCCCCCCCACAUUAAAGAGGAAGAGGAGGACCACAGCAUCAGCCAGGAGGGAGAGCAUCCUGAAGGACCGGAGGAGUUCCCAGUGAUUGGCGUCGUUGUGAAGAGUGAAGAUAAUGAAGACAAUGAAGGUGAAAGUGAGGAGAAGAGAGAGGCGGAGCCUCCAAGCAGCAGCUCAACUCAACACAUGACAACAGAAGCCGAUGGAGACCACUGUGGAGGAUCACCAGCAGACAAGCUCUUAGCUCCACUAUCAGAUAGUGAGCACACGACGUCACACUCUCCUGACACUGAUGAUGACUCUACAGCUGAUGUGACAUGUCACCCUGACAACACACGCUUGAAAUGCCAACACUGCGACAAGACCUUUGGUUACCGUAGCAAUCUGAAAAGACACAUGCAAAGUCACACGGGGGAGAAACCAUUCGUAUGCUCAAUUUGUGAUAAAAGGUUUUCCCUCAAGGCAAAUUUGAAAUCGCACACAAGAAUACACACAGGAGAGAAACCUUUUUCCUGUUCCGUGUGCGGUAUAAGUUUUGCACGAAAUCAAGAUUUGAAAAUGCACACAAGGACGCACACCGGGGAUAAACCCUUCACCUGUUCGGUGUGUGGAAUAGCAUUUGUAAGAAAUCAAGAUUUAAAAAGACACCUGAGAGCGCACACCGGGGAAAAACCUUUUCCAUGUUCAGUGUGCGGUAAAAGGUUCUCUCAGAAAGUAAGUCUGACAGCACACACUGGAAAACACACAGGGGAGACACCUUUUUUCUGUUCGGUGUGCGGGCUGUCCUUCAGAGGAAAUCAGGAUUUGAGACGACACAUGAGAAGCCACACAGGAGAGAAACCAUUUGUAUGCUCAAUUUGUGAUAAAAGAUUCUCCUUAAAGGCAAAUUUGAAAUCGCAUACAAGAAUACACACCGGAGAGAAACCGUUUUCCUGUUCAGUGUGUGGUAUAGGUUUUGCUCAAAGUCAAGAUGUCAAAAUACACAUGAGAACGCACACUGGGGAGAAACCUUUUACCUGUGCAGUGUGUGGUGCAGGUAUUGCACGAAACCAAGAUCUGAAGGUACACAUGAGAAUACACACCGGUGAGAAACCAUAUUCCUGCUCCAUUUGCAACAGAAGCUUUGGUGUCCAAACGCAUCUGGUAACACACAUGAGAACUCAUACUGGAGAGAAACCAUACUCCUGUUCAGUCUGCAACAAAAGCUUUUGUCAACGAGCCACACUUGUAGCACACACGAGAACCCACACGGGAGAGAAAGUGUUUCGGUGCAGCGUGUGUGCUGAAAGGUUCUCUUAUAAGUACCAGGUUAAAAAACACAUGUGUGCUGGGGAGAACAGCAGCAGGAAGUGAAGCCGCACGAUCUGAAAUCACCUGUGAAGACUUGGUCAGCUGAUGAUUGGCGAGGCAGCUGGUUGUUCUUUCUCUCGUCUUUUAGCGUCUAAGCACUUGUUGGUUUCAACCCCUAUGGAAUUGCCCACCGUAUUGACCCGUAUACGUAUAUUUAUCAUGUAUUCAUCAGAUUUACCUGGUCAUCCUGGAAGGGGGAUUGUCAACAUUGUCAAGGUUUUAUGAGUUUUUCCUUGUCCAGUCUGGGGUCCAGAUCAGGGGAUGUCGUUGAUUGUGUCGUCAGCUUGUAGAGAAAGCCCUGUGAGACUCUUUUGUGACGAAGCGCUAUAUAAAUAUAUAAAUAGACUUGACUUGUAUAUGCGUCUGUUUCAAAAUGACCACUUUUAUGUCUUCCUGCCACCAAGUUACUGAGAGUAGAGGAACAUCAAGAGGAAAAAAUAAUGUGUACCCCAAGCGAAAUUCAUUCAUUUUCUACCGCUUUUUCCUCAUG